AUGAUGCAUGGAAAUUGCUGCAUACUUAAUUCUCCUUGCCCAGCUAUUCUUCUGGUCCAGAGGACUAGACUCCAGGCCUUUCUGUUUCUUCCCUCCCCUUGGUUGCUUGAUAGAGUGGGCCACUCCUAAACCCUGUGUCAUAGGCUAGGCAGGGCUGCUUGAAGCUGGACCUGUUGCUGCUGGGAGCUGAGAGUCUGGGCAGGCUAUUUAAUCGGAUUAUCUGUGGCCUGGGGCACAGGCUGGGCCUUCUUCAGAGGGGAAAAUAGGGUUCUCUCAGCAUGGUCUCUAGAAUCCAGGAGGGUCAACUUGUGUUUCUGGCUCCAGAAUUCACAUCACUGUUCUCAGCUUUUGGAGUCACAAGGGUGAUGAGGUAGUGACUGGGAUUGGGAGACUCUUAGACCUAUAUUGGACAGUACCCCGAGGGUUGAGGGUGAUCCUAAAGAUGAUGUCCUGAAUGCCUUGUCAGAGAAGCUGUGUCCUGAAAAUGGAGGGAACUUGGGUCCUCAAGAAAUAUGUAUCAGCUGGGUGAUGGUGUUUCACACCUUUAGUCUCAGCAUUCAGGAGGUAGAGGCAGGCAGCUCUCUGAGUUCCAGGACAGCCUGAUCUACAGAGUGAUUGUAGCCAGAGCUACACAGAGAAACCUUGUCUGGAAAAACAACAGGAUGUAUCUCUAUGAGCUCAAAGCCAGCCUAGUCUACACAAGGAAUUCCAGACCAAUCGUGGUUCAGUCCUGUUUCAAAUAAUUACCAUUUUUAAGAAAAGAUAGAUAUAUCAGGGUAGUAAAAGCUAAGAAGGCUAAGCAGUGGUGGGGCAAACUUUAAUCCCAGCACUCAGGAGGCAGAGGCAGGUGGGGUCUUUGUAAGUUCGAGGCCAGCCUGAUCUACAGAGUGAGUUCCAGGACAGCCAGGGCUACACAGAAAAACCCUGUCUGGAAAAACCAAAAAUAAAUUCCUUUGCCAACUCAUGACCUGAGCUGGGCCACCAAGAUAGCUACUACCUCUUCACCUUGCGACCCUUGAAGGAGAGAAUUGACUUCUGAAAGUUGUCCUGUGACCUCCAUGCUGCAAGUGGUAGCACUUGUGCCUCCUCCCAUGAUCUUUUUGAAGAUUUCUUUUUUUAAACGUAUGUAUCCAGAGGACCUGGUUCAAUUCCAGCACCCACAUGGCGGUUCACAGCUAUCUGUGACUCUAGUAGUUCCAGGGGAUCUGGCACCUUCACACCAAUGCACACAAAAUAAAUCUUUUUUUAAAAAGUAUUAUCUCUAGGUUCGGAGUCCUUUGGCUCCCUCCUCGUGGUUUGAGUUUAAAGAUGAAAUUUGCCACAACUGAGUGGCAGUGGGGAAAUCUUCUGGGCUGGAAGUGGCUUGAGUGUUCUCAUCCGCCCAGGCACCUGUUGGAAUGACUCAGAAAACAAAAAUGGCCUAUCUUCUUUGAGUUUCUUACCCCUGGGGCAGGUCAGGAUUUGAGGAACAACAGGCGCCGGAAGAAAGUAUUGAGUUGGGAGUGAGACCUUCCUAAAUUCUCCGUUUGGUUGACCCCGAGGGCAUUUGAUGCCCAAGCUUGAUCCCAUCUUGGAAAGGAAUUUGCUUUAAAUUGCUGGUGCUUGUGCUUAAGAAGAUAGACAAUUGUAGCCAUUGGGGCCAUUAGGCCUGACAUCCAGACCUUGGGUGGAGAGGGGGCGUGGUGCCCCAGGGGAGGUGUCUGGGCUGCGAAGAACAGGACACCUGGGUUUGCCAAGAAGCUUUUUUUCUUUUUCUUUUUCUUUUUUUUUUUUUUGAGGACGUUCUGUUGUGGAGCCUAUGGGAGGGAUUGGGGGAGGAGUCAGGUUUUAAACACUUUUACCGAGGCUGAGCACAGGUGGGGAAGGUCUGUGGCACCGGUACGUUUUUUUGUCAGCUGUGGAAACUUGAGACCAAGAGCCUCACAGAGGCAGAGUUGCAGCCCCCACGGAAGAGCCUGCCGCAGCAGAGGUCAGGGACAGGGACUGGGACUGGCAGUAGGUAGACUUGAGAGAACACUACCUCUCCGAGACAGGACCUGGUGCUGCCAGACAAGGAUUCUGCAUUCAGCUUUCCGGAGCAAAGGAAUUGAUUCAAGGACUCAGGAAGAUACUUAAGUACUCAAAUUUUCAGAGUCCAGUCUUCACUCUGGGAGGAGGGCAUUCAAGACGACCUCUCAAAGACGCUUUACUCUCAACCUAUGGCGCUGCCGGGCUCCUCACCGGCCCAGACUUGGAGCCUGGAGCCUCCGGUUCCCACAGCCUCUUUGCCUUUGGGACCUCAGGAGCAGGAGGGUUCCGGGAGCUCUGGAGCGUCUGGGAGGCUUCCUCAAGAGAAGGUUAAGCGACCCAUGAACGCCUUCAUGGUGUGGAGCUCUGUUCAGCGUCGCCAGAUGGCGCAGCAGAACCCCAAGAUGCACAACUCUGAGAUCUCUAAGCGCCUGGGCGCGCAGUGGAAGAUGCUGGGCGAGGAAGAGAAGCGUCCCUUCGUGGAGGAGGCCAAGCGUCUACGAGCCCGCCACCUACGCGACUACCCCGACUACAAGUACCGGCCUCGGCGCAAGAGCAAGAACUCAGGCACCGGGUCUGUCCACUUCAGCCAAGGAAGAGGUGGCCUGGCAGGUGGUGGCCCACACUGGGGACCAGGGUACACAACUACCCAAGGGAGCAGAGGCUUUGGGUACCAGCCCCCCAACUAUUCCACAGCCUACCUGCCUGGAGGUUACACCGCUUCCCAUUGUAGACCGGAGGCCUCCUCGCCGUGCUCUCUCCCUCAGAGUCAUCCUAGGCUCCAGGAGGAGCUAAUUCCCUCUUUUCCUACCUAUCUACCCCCAGGCUCUACCUCUCCAUACAACACUUCUCUUGCUGGUGCCCAAUGUCUGUAACCCCCCAUUAACUGGCUGGGACAUCCAGGGUCAACCCCACAGGCCAAUCCCUUUCUAGUUCAGAGGAACAAGGAGCCAGAAUGUACAAAACCACACUAAACACAAUUUUAUACAAUG